CUAAACUACCUUAGUUUUGCAUCAACAAAAUGGCAGAAGUGAGGCUUUUCAGGACAUUCUCAAGCCCCUUUGCCUUGAGGAUCGUCUGGGCACUGAAGCUCAAAAGCAUAGAAUUUGAUACAGUUUUGGAGGAUUUUCCCCACAAGAGUGCUGAGCUUUUGAAGUACAAUCCAGUUCACAAGAAAGUCCCUGUGCUUGUUCACAAUGAAAAACCAAUAUCAGAAUCUCUUGUCAUUCUUGAGUAUAUUGAAGAAACAUGGAAGGAAACUCCUCUUCUUCCUGAUGAUCCAGCGGAGAGAGCCACAGCUCGUUUCUGGGCCAAAUUUGGUGACGAAAAGCUUUUGUCAUCGAUAUUUCGAAGUGUUCUAAGAAAAGGCAUAGAACAAGAGGAGGCAAAGUUAGAAGCCAGGAGGAACCUAGAAUACGUCGAGGAACAGCUCCAAGGAAAGAGGUUCUUUGGCGGAGAGACCAUCGGGUUCCUAGAUCUUGUAUUGGGAUGGAUGGCCAAUCUCAUCAGUAUCUUGGAAGAAACUAGUGGUCAAGAUAUCAUCAAAGAAGAACAAUUUCCAGUGCUGUCAAAAUGGAUGAAGGACUUCUCAGAAGUUCCGGUGAUAAAAGAAAGCAUGCCUCCAAGGGACAAGCUGAUCUCCAAGUUUCAGGCCAUGCAGCAAGCCUAGUGUGUGUGGAUUUUAAGUGCAUUCAGUUCUGCUUGUGAUAAUAAGAAAGUUGGCGUGUGCUCAAGUGCAGAAUCAUAUUUCUGAUACUAAUAAUAAAAACAGUCAAGCAAUGAUAUGCGGUUUAACAAUCAAAAUCAAAACAAUGUGGCUUCCGUAGUUACACAACAGUGCAGAUGAUUUCUAGCAAAAACCCAUUGCCAAUCAUUUGCGAAAAACUUACAAAGUAGAACCACCAAAUGGAACAGAAUAGUGCCAAGGCAGGCCAGUUCUCGGAGCAAAUCUGGGAACGUGUUUUGCUGAGCUUAUAACUUAUGGUGUAUUAUACAAUAAUAAAAAUAAAA